AUGAGAAUUUUUGGUUUCGACAUGAUAAUUCUGCUUGCCGGCAAGAAAGGGUCAUGCCAUACGAUUUUUCAGAUACUCUUGAUUGUCUGCAUAAUAUUUCUUUCUCACUUCGAUGAAAUGGAAGAUCAACUAGUCGGAUACAACAAGUGGGAACCCAAUUCUCACGGAUAUUGUAAUCUUAAAAGAUCGGCAGUUUGGUUAUCACCGAGUUCUGAUCAGGAACCAAGAAUUUCGAUUCGAAUAAUGGAUUACUCUGAAAACGGAACAAAGUCGAAUCAACAUAAUUUGCUUCAAAUCAGACGAAAUUGUGAAGGAUUUGAAAACGAUUUAUUUUUCGGCCUUAUCCACUUCUCGCAAAUUCAGACAGUCGCAACACCGCCUGAAACUCCGCCCCAAAUCACACCGAAACCAGAUAAUAAUAAUAUUAAUAAUGGGCAAGAGGAGGAAAAACUGGUAAAAGAAAAAGCUGCAAAACCAUCAGAAGCACCCAAAGAAGAGCAUUUGGACAAUAAGAAGGAUGAGUCUCCAAGGAAAAAACCAAAAAAAUCGUCGAGAGAAAAAAUCCAUAAAAAUCCGGGGGCUGGAAAUGAUGGGAAGAAGAAUGAUGGAGAGAAUCAGGAGAGAGAAAAAGAGGAAAAAGAAAAAACAAAAUCUGUGAAAAAAUCCACUCGAAACGAUGCGAAAUCCGCAGAGACUUUGGUCACACCUCAAGGAGACGCAGACAUGGACAAGGAUGGGGAAACAAAAACCAAGAAAACAGAGGAACAGGAUGAAAAGGAAGGUGGAGGAGGAAAAACCGAAAUGAGCGAUGCGAAGAAGGAAAUGCUGAAAGAAGAUGACACGUUGAGAGAGACGAAAUCGAUUGGGAAGAAGAAGAAAAAGCAGGAGAAAACUUGA